GAUGAGGAGAUAACCUGCGUGUUUCACUUCUGCUGUUCACCUUUUCUUUUUGUGAAGUUCUGCUUAUUUCACAGAAAGCUGUCUGAUGACUGCGGACCCGCACCGCUUUGACGCAUCAUUUACUCACUGAGCGAAACGGGCUCUCUCUCUCCACUUUCUGGGUGAAAGUUUCUCAUUUCUGCUGGACGGGGCAGACAGCGGCGGACGCGGCAUGUCUCUGAGCAGAGGAGUCGAACUCGAGCACUUCGAGGAGCGAGGCAGGACCCACCGCGCUCCGAAGACCAACCCGGGCUCUGGGUCUCACUGCAGGUCUAAAGGCGGCGGUCUCGCGCCCAGCCCGGCGCACAGCACGCACUGCAGCUUCUACCGCACGCGCACCCUGCAGUCCCUCACCUCCGAGAAAAAAGCCCGGAAAGUGCGCUUCUACCGCAACGGGGACAAAUACUUCAAGGGUUUGGUGUACGCCGUGUCCAGCGACCGGUUCCGGUCCCUGGCUGCGCUGCUCAUGGAGCUGACGCGGUCCCUGUCGGACAACGUCAACCUUCCCCAGGGAGUCCGGAUGCUGUACACGGUGGACGGCGGCAGGAAGAUCACCAGCCUGGACGAGCUGCUGGAGGGUGAGAGCUACGUGUGCGCCUCUAAUGAGCCAUUUCGAUGCGUAGAUUACACCAAGAAUGUCAAUCCCAACUGGACAGUAGGCAGUAAGACGGGUACAUCACGUUCCCUCUCAUCCCUCAACCAGUUAAAGAGUGAACUACAGCGGGAAUCCAAGGAGUUCAUCAGACCCAAACUUGUCACAGUGAUUCGCAGUGGCGUCAGGCCUCGCAAAGCGGUUCGGAUUCUCCUCAAUAAGAAAACAGCGCACUCCUUUGAACAGGUGCUCACGGAUAUUACUGACGCCGUCAAGUUGGACUCCGGAGCUGUGAGAAGGCUUUACACUUUGGAAGGCAAGCAGAUUACCUGCCUGAAAGACUUUUUCGGGGAUGAUGAUGUGUUCAUAGCAUGUGGUCCAGAGAAGUACCGCUAUGCCCAGGAUGACUUUGUGUUGGAGCAUAGCAGUAAGGCCUCCUCGGCCCUGAUUACUGAAUGCAAAGUCCUAAAAACAUCCUACAGUCGAUCUACUACUCCUAACUGGGCUGGAAAGAGCCCCAGACCUUCACGACGCAGCAAGUCCCCAGGGUCUGCAAGGAAACCCAUUCAUCACUCCAGUUUGUCUUCAAUCAAGUCCCAGGUAAACGGUGUCUCAGCUCACAGGUCCACUAAAUCCUCCACUCCAUCUCCCACCAGCCCGUCUCCACGAGCCAUCCCCCGUUUAAAGCUACCACUGUCAUUUCAAACAUCCUCCCCUAAUGUGAAUGGGAAUGACUCCAUAAAUAAUCACCUAGAGAAAACAGUGAGUCCAGAAGUUAAUGGAAACCAGUGCCCAGCAGCCUCCAGCAUCUUGGAAAAAUACAUUGUUGGCAAGGUGAUUGGGGAUGGGAACUUCGCUGUGGUUAAAGAGUGUGUGGAGAGGUCCACGGGGAAAGAGUUUGCUCUCAAGAUCAUCAACAAAGCCAAAUGCAGUGGAAAGGAACACCUCAUAGAAAAUGAAGUUGCUGUGCUGCGCAGAGUGAAACACCCAAACAUCAUCAUGCUGAUCGAGGAGGUGGACACGCCCUCUGAGUUGUGUCUCGUUAUGGAGUUGGUUAAGGGAGGGGAUCUGUUUGAUGCCAUCAUGUCCUCAGCCAAGUACACAGAGACAGAUGCCAGCACCAUGGUCCACAACCUGGCUGCAGCACUGCUGUAUCUGCACAGCAUCAACAUUGUCCACAGAGACAUUAAACCUGAGAACCUGCUGGUGUUUGAGGAUCCAGAUGGCUUCAAGUCGCUGAAACUCGGGGACUUUGGCUUGGCCACAGUCGUGGAGGAGCCGCUGUUCACUGUAUGUGGAACCCCAACAUACGUGGCUCCAGAGAUCAUUGCCGAGUCGGGGAACACUGGACCAGCUCUACACCCCCAGCAGGGUCCUGGAGGACGAACGACUGGAGCGAUGGAUGGAUGGACGGGCGACUGGAUGGACGGACGGAUGGGAGGAUCGAAGGACGGACGGACGACCGGAUGGAAGGACGGAUGGAUGGAAGGACAGACGGAACUUUUUCACGUGGGAUUUCCUUUUUCUGUUUGCCGUUGGUUUUACAUCUUCUACUGCACAUAUGUCAAAGUCAAGGCCCGCGGGCCGGAUCCAGCCAAUGAAGCCGCUGCAGCACGAGUGGCUUCAUUUCAUCAGCAAUCAGAGUGGAGAUCAACUUUCAGGUUCCCCUCCUCAGAAAUGGUCAAACGUUAUGGCCUUAAAGUGGAUGUUUGGGCUGCAGGUGUGAUCACCUACAUCCUAUUGUGUGGCUUCCCUCCAUUUAGAAGUGAGAACAAUCGGCAAGAGGAGCUCUUUGAACAGAUACUUCUCGGGAAAUUGGACUUUCCUUCUCCGUACUGGGACAACGUCUCUAACUCAGCUAAGGAUUUGAUCAGCAGGAUGCUGCAGGUGAAUGUGGAGGCUCGAAGUACGGCGAAGGACGUCCUCUCACACCCCUGGGUCACGCAUGACGCAGUGAUGAAGACCAACAUGAAGACGGAGGUUUCAGGUAAACUGAAGACGCACUUCAACGCGGCACUGAAGCAGAACAGCACCACAGCCGGAGUGUCCGUUAUCAUGAACACGGCUCUAGAUAAGGAGACCCUUCAGCGCUACGCUCUGAGCUCUUCAGAACCGCGCUUUGAGCCAAGCUCAGACGUAGAGGACGUCUCGUCUGCUCUCCCAAACGAACUGGCUUCUCUCACUGAACAAGUAUCACGCGACAAAGAUCCAGACGCCACAAAGUGUGUUUUUCCAACCGUGACUGCUUAUCCUGGGGACCGUCAGCGGACAGAGCCUCUUCCUGUUCCUGCACGUUUGCUUCCCCACUCUGCCGAAGCUUUCCUUCUUUCCUCCCCUCCGGAAAAAGAGUCGCCUCCUUCAUCACUCUUUCUGACUCCAUGCACAUCCUUGGCUCCCUCCUCGCCCUCUGCUCUUCAUCUUUUCUCUUGCGUGACUCCCUCUUCAACCCCAUCAUCUGCCAACCAUCCUGCCCCGGACCGCUCCUCUCCCACCCACCAGUCGUCCCCAUGCCCCAUUUCCCCCAUCCCACCUUUCGUUUUCUUCCCACUCUCUUCUCCGUCAAAACAAGCUCCCACCUCGCCAUCUUCUGUCCAGCCGACUCUGUUCCCUUCUCCCCCUUCCACGCCGCCAGCUGCUCCCCCUCCUUCCUACCCUCUACGAGCUGAAGAACUUCUAGAGCAGAUCUAAAAUCUUGAUGCGUUCCAGUCCAGAUGGAUCCACGGCAUUACUCUGUGGAUCAAGAGGACAAACUGUCAGUGUGAAUUUCUCAGAUGUGAACUGAGCCAGAGACUCUGGUGGCAGCAGGAUUCAUCCAGAUGCUUCGUGAAAGACAGAGGAGUCUGAAUGUACAUUAUGUUUAUUUAUUAAAAUGCAGACUGUCGUGAAUUUGUUAGCCCUCUGAAGUAAUAUGUUACUGUAUCUCAUCGAGCUUUUCUUUUUGGAUCUCUCUUUGCUUUCCUGUAGUCCACUAGUUUAGAUUAAGGGAAAAAAGUUGGAAUAUGAGCUGUUAUUGCUUUAGCAGAUAAAAUUGAGUUUGUUUCUGAUGCAGACGUUCCAGCACAUUUAACCUUUACUCCAUUGUUGUUAUUCUUGACCUCAGUAGUUCAGUCUUCUUGAUUAAUAACAGUUACAAUUUAGUUUACCUUGGAUGAAGUAGCGCAGAGUUUAACACCAAGUAGUUAAUAAAGAAAUCUGUCCUUCAA